AUGUAUCGGGUCUGCAGCAGGCUCGAGUCCUCUGUGACACUGGGCUGGACACAACGAGCGACUUUCCUCGCCCUGCGACAAAACCACACACGAUUCGGAACGAUUGCGACGAGACCGUACCAUGCUGCGUCGCAGCUGCAACCAUCCACCGAACAACCUCAGAUAUUGACCCAAUUGCGCAUCAAAGAUGCCUCGUCGCAGCCCUCCACCCCGAGCCAAGCGGAGGUAGAACUAGAGUUGAAGGAAUACAAAGAGCACCACUCGACGCUGGACGAAACGAAGAAGACCAUCUCCGGCUCGUCACGAGACACCCGAACCUUUCGACCAAAGACUCCAGCGAGUCCCAAGGUUGCCACUAAGCGGGCCCAGGACCAGACCAAGCGCAAGGUGGCAUUAAAUAAGAAAAAGACAGAAUACUUGCAAUGGGGCUACCUACGGCAUCAAUACCCUCCCGAGCAAAUGGUGGCAGCCAGGCAACGAUUCAACUUUUGGAAGCGGAAGUUGGACAAUAUCAUGGAACCGAAGAACCCCAGUUCCUGGCCCUGGCGCGACGAUGGUAAUUGGCUGUUUAAACUGGAGGAUACAUCUAGUAUGCGCGAUGCAUGGGAAGGGCUCGACAUUGAGUCUCGAACCAAACAGUGGCCCACCGUCAUGUUAUCAACACUUCAUAAUUGCCCCGACAAGGCAGGUCAGGUCCUCGAGGCCACCAUGGAUCCAUUACCUCCGGGGUUUGCCAUCUCCGACGUUUUGUUCUACUACACCAAAAUGCUUCGAUUGGAAGAGCUUAGCGGCCCUCGAGAUCGAUGUUCAAAAGCGGACGAGAUUGUGGAGUUGGUUGCCAAGGUCGUCGUGGAUUUACCUGCAAAUCACGUUCCGCUACGCCAGGAGACUCUUGGUGUGCUUGCCAAGAAGCUGCCCAGCGAUCAGGCAGCAGAGAUAUACAACAUCCUUGUCCAGGCGGGCUUGAAACUACAUCAAAACACGCUGCUACAAUAUGCUAGUGCUUUGGCGAAGAGCGACACUCACAAGGAAGCGGCCUACGAGAUUUUACGGGAUAUCGCUGAAAGCGGCGCCAACUUAAACCACCCCACUGUGGCCAGUGUUAUCACGACGUUGUUGCAUUCCACACAUACAGGAGACGGCUGGUCCAAGUCGGAAGAGAGCUCCUUCUCCCCGCAGCGAGCGAUGGAGUUCUUCCUCGAAAACGGUUACUCUCCUAACCUCGUCAGCUUCACCGCCCUCGUCGACUCCCUUUGCAAGCAGGGUGACAUUGCAGAAGCAAUCAGGCUCCCGCUCCUACUUGCGGAAAAUGGCGCCAGCCUCGAUCUGCGGUGUUACACGACAGUGUUCAGGGGAGCCAAAAAUAGCCUCAAGGCGUCAAACGUGCGCCAGGCUCUGGAUGUGGCUAAGGCAGCCAACGCCCCUUACGUGGAAGUGCUAAACAACACGCUUCACUCCAUCUUCUACUUUGCGGAGAUGGAGUGUCGCGAGAAGAAGUAUUUGGCACCAUGGGUUCUCCCCCUCUUCGUGCCGAUGCUCAAGAUCUACGCGAAGAAGUUUGACCUGAAACCGCUGCAAUGGUUGGUGCCCGAUACAUUGCCCCUCAUCUUGGGGCAAGAUCAAGAGGAUGGUCCCGAGAAGUUCAGGUCCGGUCCUCGGAGGGAGUGGGAAUUCAAGCACACGAUCAUGCCGGUCGUCGACGAAUUUUUUGAGUCAGGCGACGGCGCUCAACAAAAACCAAACUCGACGACUCUGGCCAUCAUGCUGCGUGCAUACAUUAAAAGUCUAAACCGCCCGUAUGACAUUAUGUCAUUUUACGCCUUCUUCAAGACUCGACUGGAGGAGCGUGAUGCGGGGAACAACUGGGCGGCCGACUUGGUCAAGGAACAAGGGAGUGUGAUUCACGACACGCUUAUCUUGGCCAUGCUGGAACGUCGAUCGCUGCUGCGCCCGGCCCUGCAAGUCUUUGGGGACAUGUUGCGGGACUCGAUGAGGCCAAGAGCAAACGAGGACGGGAAGGAUGAGCUAGCGAGCGCGGAAGAGCCUGCAGUGCAUCCGGCGCCCAAUCUCUUCACGUUUAGCAUCCUGAUCCACGGCCUAAUGAUACGGGGCGAGAAGAUGUUGGCUGAGCAGGUCCUGCAGGUUAUGCGCGAGCACAAUCUUGAGCCCAAUAUUGUGACGUGGAACACGCUGGCGAAAGGGUACGCCUCGAUGCAGAACCUGUCUCAGACAGUGGGCACCCUGCAGGACCUAGAGGCUGCUGGCUUCAAACCAGACAUGUACACAUUCAAAGCGUUUGCUCGGCUCAAGGACCAGACGCGGGCUCUGCAGACGAUGGAGAAGAUUAUUGACACAAACAAGAAACGAUUGGAGCUGGACCAGUCUCGGUAA